AUGAGUAAAAAUGUUGGGAAUUGCAAAUUACUACUUAAUGGCAAAUUUGCUAUUACUCCGGGGCAGAAUAUAUUGAUUGUUUCAUUAGUUGUUAUAUUUGGCCCCUAUGUUAUUUUUUUUGCUACAGUAGCUCCUUGGUUAAUUAAUCAUGAUUACUACUCAAUAUUAGUGAUAAGUAUUAUGUGCACAGUUGUAUUAAUUCCAGUAUUCCUAUUUGCAUCAUUUGUAAAUCCUGGAAUAGUGCCUCAGGAAUCAUUAAAUCCAAAUAAAACAUAUACAGCACCAUCAUCUAUAACCUUAGAUAUUCCAAUCAAUGGACAUAUAUUUAGAGCAAAAUAUUGUAUUUCUUGUAGAGUAUAUAGAUCACUUAGAAGUGUUCAUUGUAAAUUAUGUGGUACCUGUAUUGAUCGAUUUGACCAUCAUUGUCCUUGGAUAGGUUCAUGUAUUGGAUCGGGUAACUAUAGACUAUUCCUACUUUUUAUCUCUGUGCUCUCAGUUGCGGAAGUCCUGUUAUUAACUGGAUCAUGUAUUAUGGUCUUGAAUGUCGUACAUGAAUCCGAAAUAAAGAGUGCACACUCACAUCAUGGUUUGAUAUUUCUUGAAACAAUGAAAAUAGCAGCAGGAGCUGUCAUAGUAAUGGGAUUUUCCUUUUUUACAGUAAUAUUUUCCUCUAUAUUAAUGUUUUUUCAUUGUUACCUGUGCUUUGUAAAUCGAACUACCUAUGAGCAGUUAAGGCAUACCUUUACUGAUACAUCCAAUCCUUGGAACUCCGGAUUGGUACGAAAUAUAUGUGAAGUAGUACUUGGUAACUGCAUAGACUUCUCAAAUGACUAUGUAAUAGGUGAUAAAUAA